AUGGAGAGACGGCACUCUAUCGUGCUGGAGCUUGCACGCGAAUACACGACCAACACAGCCGUUAAUGUGGAUGACCCAAAGGGAAAGCCUAUUAGCAACGACACAAAUUCUCCCCUAAACCCGCACGGCGAGAAAUUCAACGCGCGGGCGUGGGCCACGAAUGUCGCCAAAGCCGCCGACGAAAGCGGCCAGGACUUCCGUCGGAUUGGACUAUGUUUCCAAAACCUGAAUGUGUUUGGUUACGGCACGACGACUGACUUCCAAAAGGAUGUCGGCAACAUUUGGCUGGCUUUGCCAGGCAUGGCUCGCCGUCUCUUUUCCAACACGGCAGGCCAGACUCAAAUCGAUAUUCUACGCCAGUUUGAUGGGCUCAUCCGCCCCGGCGAAAUGUUGGCAGUCUUUGGUCCGCCUGGUUCUGGCUGCACAACCUUCCUCAAGUCCAUCUCGGGAGAAACGAAUGGCAUAUAUGUCGACGAGGGUUCGUACUUCAACUAUCAUGGUAUAUCAGCCAAGGAGAUGCAUACUGCACAUCGAGGUGAUGCCAUAUACACCGCCGAGGUCGACGUCCACUUUCCUCAGUUGACAGUUGGUGAGACAUUGACUUUUGCGUCGCAUGCACGCUGCCAAAAGGAGGUUCCGCUUGGGAUCACUCGCAACCAGUACUGUGAACAUCUUCGGGACGUCGUCAUGGCCAUGUAUGGAAUUAGCCACACCAUUCAUACCAAGGUCGGAGAUGAGUACACACGAGGAGUUUCGGGAGGGGAACGCAAGCGUGUUACUAUUGCAGAGGCAACGCUGGCAAACGCCGCAUUCCAGUGUUGGGACAACUCGACUCGUGGUCUAGACUCGGCCAACGCGAUUGAGUUCUGCAAGACUCUGAGGCUCCAGUCUGAGUUGUUUGGCCAGACAUGCGCUGUGUCUAUGUAUCAGGCCCCCCAGAGCGCCUACGACCUGUUUGACAAGGCCGUGGUUCUCUAUGAGGGCCGUCAGAUCUACUUUGGACCUGCGUCCAGGGCCAAGGAGUAUUUCACCAACCUUGGAUUUGAGUGUCCGGAGCGCCAGACAACGCCUGACUUCCUCACUUCUAUAGCUUUUCCAGCAGAGCGGAUUCCUCGCCCAGGCUGCGACGCCCCGCGGACUCCCGACGAGUUUGCAACCGCCUGGAAGAAUAGCCCUGAUUACAGGGCCCUACAAGUCGAAAUCGACGAAUACAAGACGCAUCAUCCGAUCGGCGGCCCCGACGCUGAGACCUUCCGAGAUCUCAAAAAGUCACACCAGUCCAAGGGACAGCGCCUGAAGUCGCCAUACUCCCUGAGGUAUUCCCAGCAGGUCCAACUUUGUAUUUGGCGAGGGUAUAGAAGACUCAAAGCUGAUCCCUGGCUGACCGUCACGAUGAUGACUGGGAAUACAGUCAUGGCGCUCAUUAUCUCGUCCUUGUACUUCAACAUGGGCAUGGAUACGAACUCAUUCUUCGGCCGCGCUGUCGUUCUUUUUGUAGCCAUCUUGUUCAAUGCUUUUUCGUCUUUGCUAGAGAUUCUGGCGCUGUAUUCUCAACGGCCUAUCGUGGAAAAGCAGUCCCGCUAUGCCUUUUACCACCCCUCGGCGGAAUCAUAUGCUUCUGUCAUGGUUGAUUUGCCUUUGAAGAUCGUUAAUACAGUUUCCUUCAACUUGGUGUUUUAUUUCAUGACCAACCUCAACCGUGAGCCUGGGUCCUUCUUCUUUUACCUCUUUGUGGUAUUCUUUAUUGUUCUGGCCAUGUCUGGUGCCUUUAGAUGUGUCGCCUCACUAUCACGGACAGAGCAGCAGGCCAUGGUUCCCGCUUCGAACCUGCUGCUUGCCCUCAUCAUCUUUACAGGAUUUGUCGUCCCAGUCGACUACAUGCUAGGCUGGUGUCGGUGGAUCAGUUAUGUGAACCCCGUGGCCUACGGCUAUGAAUCACUCAUGGUCAACGAAUUUCACGGUCGUCAAUUUUUAUGCUCGAAAUACGUCCCUGACUACGCGAACCCCAGCUCACAUAAUGUAGCUUGUGAUGCUGUUGGAGCCAUCCCUGACCAGCUCUAUGUGAAUGGGGACGACUACAUCAAUUCGGCAUACAACUACUACCAUAGCCAUAAAUGGCGAAAUGUCGCCAUUAUCAUCGCCAUGGCAGCUUUCAAUCACCUCGUGUACUUUAUCGCCAGCGAAUAUAUCACAGCGAAGAAGUCCAAGGGCGAAAUUCUUGUCUUCAAAAGAGGUCACGUUCCACCAUCUUCCGCCAAGGGUGGUAAUGAUGUCGAGAAAUUUCUUUCCGGUCCUGUACCAGUGGUAGAGAAACCGAGCGGGUACAUAUCCAGUAACGAGGGAGCUUUUCGGGGCUCUACAAGCGUCUUCCACUGGAACAACGUAUGCUACGACAUCAAGAUCAAGGGCAAACCUCGGCGCAUCCUGGACUGCGUUGGUGGCUGGAUCAAGCCUGGUACUCUCACGGCCUUAAUGGGUGUUUCAGGGGCUGGCAAGACCACCCUGCUGGAUUGUCUGGCUGAUCGCCGUGUAGGCGUGGGUGUCAUCACUGGCGAGAUGCUGGUCGAUGGGAGGAUUCGUGAUGAGAGCUUCCAACGCAAGACUGGCUAUGUGCAACAGCAAGACCUUCAUCUAGAGACUAGUACUGUGCGGGAGGCUCUAACCUUCUCAGCUCUCCUUCGCCAACCGGCCAGUACCCCCAAGGACGAAAAGUUUGCCUACGUGGACGAAGUCAUCGAGCUGCUGGGUAUGCAAGAGUAUGCCGAUGCCGUUGUUGGUGUGCUAGGUGAAGGUGGUCUUAACGUUGAGCAACACAAACGCCUGACUAUUGGUGUCGAAUUGGCCGCCAAACCACCGCUACUGCUCUUUGUUGACGAGCCCACGUCGGGCCUUGAUUCUCAAACCAGCUGGGCUAUCCUUGACCUGCUGGAAAAGCUCUCUAAGGCGGGACAGUCUAUCCUCUGCACCAUCCACCAACCCUCUGCAAUGUUGUUUCAGCGGUUUGACCGCCUGCUCUUACUCGCCGAGGAAGGCCGUACAGUUUACUUUGGUGAAAUUGGCGACAACUCUAAAACUCUCACGGAUUACUUCGAGCGCAAUGACGCACCACAUUGCCCUCCCGGUGCUAACCCGGCUGAGUGGAUGUUAGAGGCCACUGGUGCUACCCCUGGAAGUUCUUCCGAAGUUGACUGGCACCAAACGUGGCGUUCUAGCCCAGAGUACAAGGACGUUCAGGACGAACUAGCCCGUCUAAAGGCCCUUAAUACAGAUCUACUCUCCACAGACGAGAAGAACGACUCUGCCUCGUACAGUGAGUUUGCGGCACCGCUAUGGCAGCAAUUUCUGGUUGUUACACAACGCGUAUUCCAACAGUACUGGCGGACGCCCUCAUACAUCUACUCCAAGCUCGUCCUCUGUAUUGCCAGCAGUUUAUUCAUCGGCCUAGUUUUUCUCAACGCACCUCUGACCAUCCAAGGACUUCAAAACCAGAUGUUCGCCAUCUUCGAACUAUGCAGCAUUUUCGGGCAGCUGGUAGACCAACAGAUGCCACAUUUCGUUACGCAGCGCUCCCUAUACGAGGUUCGCGAACGACCUGCUAAGACGUACUCCUGGAAGAUUUUCAUGCUCAGCCAAAUCAUCGCCGAGAUCCCCUGGAAUACCGUCGCCUCAGUCUUUAUGUGGGCGUUUAUUUACUAUCCUGUCGGCUUCUAUAAAAAUGCCGACGCCGCCGGACAAGGUGUCGAACGAGCUGGUUUGAUGUGGCUUCUGUUUUGGCAAUUCCUCCUUUUUACCUCCACCUUUGCACAUAUGUGUAUUUCCUUUGCCGAUACAGCAGACGAGGGCGGCAACAACGCCAACUUUCUCUUUGUUCUAAUUUUCUUCUUCUGUGGUGUGCUGGCUACGCCGGAUGCAAUGCCCCGUUUCUGGAUUUUCCUGUAUCGGGCCUCGCCAUUGUCGUAUUGGGUCUCGGCUGUUCUGUCAACGGGCCUGGCCAACGUUGAAGUGACAUGUUCGAGCAACGAAUGGACCACUCUCAGCCCGCCCGACGGCAAGACAUGCGAAGAAUAUAUGGCGGAUUACAUCUCGAGGGUUGGUGGUUAUCUUCUGGACCCCGAGGCAACGAGCAACUGCAGCUACUGCAAGAUCAAGGAAACUAACGCAUACUUGGCGGGCAUCAGUUCCCACUACGAGGACAGGUGGCGCAAUUUUAGUAUCAUAUGGGCGUACAUUGCAUUCAACAUCGUGGCGGCGUUGGCUCUGUACUGGCUAGUGAGGAUGCCUAAGGGGAAGAGGAAGUUGUGA